UUCGCUGCCCGCAGCCAAGAUGGCGGCGUACGAGAAGCGGCGGGCGGGCACGGCCCCGAGCGGCGGGCAGGCGGUGGGCAGCGAGGCGGAGUUCCUGCUGCGGAGCGGGGUCACCGCCAUGGUGCGGGAGGCGCUGCUGAAGGUGCUGGAGGCGCGGCCGGAGGAGCCCGUCUCCUUCCUGGCCGACUACUUCGAGCGCCUGGUGCUGGGCGGCCCUGCCGCAACGGGCGACGCCGCCGCCGAGCCCACGGGGCCGCCGCAGCGCCUGGCACGGGCUCUGUGGUACGUCAGCCUGGCGCACCACUCCCAUAGGACGGCCUUCGACAGCAACACCGGCGCGGCCUACGAGGUGCUGGGAGGCGGCGGGCGGCGGCGGGCGGCGGGCGUGGACGGGCGGCUGUACAGCGAGCUGCUCCGGAGCAUCUGCCAGCACGGGGAGGCCCCGGCCGAGGCGGCCGCGGCCCUGCUGCGCCGGGUCCGGUGCCGCGACCACGAGGCCGUCCCGUUCGACGUGUUCCGCUAUGGAGUCCUCACCUGCUUCGUGCUCCUGGAGUUCGCGGCCAAGGCGGACGCACUCUUCGCUGUCCUGGACGGCGGCUCCGGCGCUGCCGAUGCCCGGGUGUGCCAGGCGGUGCUGCGGGCGCUGGAGGAGGCGCUGGGGUUCGGGCACGUCACGCAGCCCAGGCGCUACUUAGAGGCUGGUUCCCGGUUGGGACCGGACGGGCUGGCCCUGGCCAUGGACCGGGCGCUGCAGGAGAGGAAGCUCAGCGGCUCCAUGAGCAGGGAGGAGUUCCUGAAGAAAGCCACCGCCUUGUUCGUUGCUAAAGUGAAGCCCGUUGAGUAACAGGCGCUGAGUGCUCCGCAGCCGGUGCUGGGCUGGCCAGUGAGCAUGGACCGGAGAGUCCCAGUUCCUAUGCUCCUUUCCUUGUUCUGAAUGCAACGGGCGCCUGGCCCCCUCCAGUGCCGGAUGCAUCCCGAUCCACUGUGCCUCUCCUGGUUGAUGGCAUUUCCAAUCCAGCUUCAUUUGUAGAUCUUAAUAGGUGUUAAGUGGGGGCUCAUGAGGAGCCUGUGAACCACAGGGCACAGUAGCCAGAAUUGGGGCUGCACCUUGGCACACGCCAUGGGCUCGUCCUCACCCUUUUGCGGCUUCAGUGGGGACCUUUUGGGUUUGUUUCACAGCCAGCAGUGAAGGGGGUGACACUUCUCGACCUCACAGACCCCUCAGAGGGUUCGCAGGACCCAAAGUGUGAGACCAAGCAUUGUUUCAGUAAGGAAAGAGGUUUAAAUACACAGCAGGGGAGGGGCAAAGCCGAGCCCUAAGCGGGAGGGAGCUUUGCUGGCAGCGAGGCAACGAGGCAGCCCAGUGUUGGAGCUGGGUUGGGAAGAUCAAAGCUCAUACUUGAGUGCUGUGAUGCUGAUGCUGCUUAUAUGGGACGUGGGUCAGGCCAAGACAAGCCCCUGCCCUCAGGUCACAGAUUGCUUUUGAUCAGAGGUGCGUGUUGGACCAUGGGUUAUUUAUUUGAACUUGUCUGUGUUAUUUAUACCGUGCAAUUUUUGGUUUAAGACAUUAAAGCUUUCGAUUGGU